AUGCUCGAGUGUGCAGGCCUGCGGGCUAUGGCCAAGGGAUCCACCCAGCCUUGGUUUAUGCCUGAUAUGCAGACUAGUGGCCAAAUGCCAGAAACCACUCUUAUUGACUGGUUUCAUCUGGAAGUUCUGGCCAGCCUAGAGAGCAAGAUUUCCUGGACCUUUGAGAGGCGCAGGCAGAGCAUCAUUUACUUCCUGCUGGGCAAAAACCCCAACUCACUUAGCAGCAUCCGAACAAGCAAACUGGUGCCUGUGGACCUCAAUGCCUUCCUCUGCCAGGCCGAGGGACUGAUGAGUGACUUCUCCAGGCUAGGAAUCCACAUUCCCCCAGGGAAUGAAGCCCAAGCUGCUAAGUACAGAGCCUUGCGGGCACAGCGCAUGGCUGCCAUGCAGGCUAUCCUGUGGGAUGAGAAGAAAGGCGCCUGGUUCGACUAUGACCUUGAAAAGAAAGAGAAGAACCCAGAGUUUUAUCCAACCAACCUCACUCCUCUCUGGGCCAGCUGCUUCUCAGAUGAGACUGUGGCAGACAAGGCUCUGAAGUACCUGGAGGACAGCCAGAUCCUGACCUACAAGUUUGGCAUCCCAUCCUCUCUCCGUAACACAGGCCAGCAGUGGGACUUCCCCAAUGCCUGGGCCCCCCUGCAGGACCUGGUCAUCAGAGGUAGGAAGAGUCAAACUCCUGGGUGUGAAGGGUCAGUCUCCCUGGCUCUGGAGUGAAGGGUAUGAGCAAAAGGUACAGGGGCCUUUUGUUGACUCCUUGGUUCUCUCAGCCUCCC